CUGUCCAUCGUAAAUGGUAGAAUGGGCCCGCAUGUCAGAAAUAUCGAUAUUUUAGUGCACCCGUGAAAAAGUUUUAGCUGAUUUCACACAAUUAAUGGUGCAUAAAAUGAACAAGGUUUAAUUCUGUUAUUUUUUGACACAUUCUUCAAUUUAACCGUUGCAAAUUGUUGACAUUUGUUUUAAGAUUUUUGACAAGUUAAAAAUGACGUCAUAAUUGUACUUGAUUUCACACGGCGAGGAGUUUCCCGAAAGUGACGGAGUUAGGGUAGUGACGGAGUUAGGGGGCUAUAUUUUAAAAGAAAUAAACAACGUUAUUAAGUGAACAUGGCGUUAUGAAUAGCAAUUGCUCUGUUGGCAUAUUCGGACCUUUAUGACGUCAUAGUAUACAGACGGAGCAAUUGCGAUUAUAAAAAAAUAAUUGCAGUUCCUUCCUAUGGACUUACAGUGGGAAAGAACAAUGCAUAUGCAAAUAUAUGUACAUGUUAUAUGUUAUAUACUUCAUUUAUAAGACCUCAGUUAGAAUAUGCAUCUGAUGUAUGGGGCGGAUGCACUUAUCAUAACGGAAAUUAUACAGAAAUUGGUUAGAGGACAUGCGGUAAAUAGAUAACGUAUGUUUAUCUAGGUUCAUGGAGAAAUGUGUUAUUAGGUCCAGUGAUGAGCCUGUCGAUGCCGGGUCAGAAAUCUAAAUAAAACGCUUCUACUGACCACGGUGCGUCAGAUCAUUAGUAUGCACUUAAUCGCAUUUACUUAUAAGGUCCGGAGAUCGGAGGUAGUGUCCGUGCGUAUAAAAAGGAGGUGCGGGGAAAGCGGCUCUCCAGUAGUCAACUGUCUUUUGCCUCCUCUUUUUAUACAGGGAAAGAGCUACUCCCCAGGUUGAGGAGGAGAGAAUUCUGGGUUAUAUAACGUGGCACAGACAACGCCAGGUGUCUGGUCAAGGACGAAUAAGAUCCCGAGGAUCAAAUUAACGGAAAUAUCGUAUUAAGCAAAAUCCUAGUACGAUAUAGUGGUGGAAAUCCGGUCUUCGUCCAAGCCACGGUAACGUCAAUUCUUCCAGUUAGAGAACUUUGUUAAUGGCCAAAUUAACGCCGUUUCAAAAACUUAAAAGAGCUGUGUCGAGACUUUCGGUAACAUCUGGCUCGAAAUUUAUUCAGCCUGAUUUUGAAGAUUCAGACAUUGAAUUUAACGCUAACACAUAUAGACCAGAUUUCGUAUCAGAAUCGAGACCAGAUUUUGCAUCAGGAUCGAGCAAGAACUAUAAAAACAUUUCGCAAACUUCCCCGCCUUUGUUUUAUUCUAAUGAUGAUUUAAAUUUCAACUAUCCAUCUGUGGGACUAAAUCCACACGAGGCAUCUUCAUCCCAGGCGGCUUCCUUCGAAAGGACUACAUUUCCGCCCUUCGAUAGACACGAAAUCAGCAGAGUCCCGGACCCGUCAGACGCACACAACGCUACGGACGGAUAUAACACUCCGAACGCAAACAACAUCAACAACGAAUCCAACGCCCCGGACCUUUCGGACGCACACAACACCCAAAACCUUCCGAGCGCACAUAACGUCAAGGACGGAUUCAACGCCCCGGACCUUUCGGACGCGCACAACGCCCCGAACGCAUCGCAGGCCUCCAAGACAAGCAACCCACCGCAGAACCUACCUCGAACCAGCCAGGAAUUUGUAAUACCAGAAAAUACGGCUGCCAACUCACAGACAGCAGGUAGAAACUCAUUUUUCUCUACCUUUAGAAUGUCUUCUAACAUUAAAUUAGACAAAUUUAAAGGAGAUGGCUCUCAGGACGUAAAUGCAUGGUUUACAAAUUUUGGGCAAUGGGCAAAAUUUCAUGAUUUGCCUGAUUCUAAAAUUAUUGAUGCUUUUCCGUUUUAUUUAGAGGGGCAUGCAAAAAUUUGGUAUGAUUCUUUGUCACCUGAACAAAAAGUAAAUCCUGCGACACUUACAAACUUGUUUCAAGAAAGGUUUAAAGAAUUAGAAAACUUUUUGGAUUUGUCGGUACUUCAAAUGAAGCAAAAGGGGACAGAACCUGUGGGAGAAUUUUUGUCCAGACUGGUCAGUUUAGCUUCUAUUAAAAAUAUUCCAGAGAAAGUUUUACUUUCAGUUGCAAUGAAUGGUUUAAGAUCUGAUAUUAAAACAUACGUUGUUACCCAGAACCCCAAAACAAUGGAACAGUUAAGGCAAAUUGCAAUUUUGGCUGAAAAAUCUCAACCAAGUCAAAUUACAACGUUAGAGACGUAUGAAACUUUGUUGUCGGAGAUUAAGAACUUAAAAGAAAAAAUUGAGACACUCUAAAAAAAGUUUUACUUAGUAAUCAUUUUUUACUUAAAAUCAUAUCAAUAAGUAAUAGGUAAUUACUUAACAUUUACUUAAAAAUUUAAAACAAUUACUGAACUUCACGUCAAUUACUAAAUAAAAAUAUUUUACUUACAUUUACUUAAUGUGUAGAAAUGUUUUACUAAGUAAUUCCUUUUUACUGAUUAUUGUUAUGAAAAAAAGGGACAAUCAUUUACUAAAAACAAAACAUGAUUUACUAAGUAAUUCCUUUACUGAUACUUGUUAUGAUAAGGAACUAUCAUAUACUUAACAUGAUUUACUAAGUUAUUCCUUUACUGAUAUUUGUUAUGAUAAAGAACUAUCAUAUACUUAGAGCAAAAAAAGACUUACUAUAUAAGUAUAUUAUGAGAGAGAGAGAGAGAGAGAGAGAGAGAGAGAGAGAGAGAGAGAGAGUUUGCACACAGACAGGUUGGGCAAUACAAUAGGAAAUUUGAAAGUGACUAGCUUUUCAGAAAUGGCAUAUAUCUCCUUUGCUUUCAAAAAGGUAUAAUUGUGUCUAAACCGCUUGAUGUUGAAUCAUGAAGAUUGAAGAAUUUUUCGUAUGCUGUUCAGUGUUUGUUUGUACUUUCACUUUUGUUUCAAUGUUACGCUACGCGCGCGCUGAUUGGUCGAUCAAUAGCUAGCCGCCAAUUUUCACAUUUGAUGCUGCCAUGUUGUCUGCCAUCACCGAGAUGGUAAAAUGAAUGAAAAUAAGGGAUCUGGCUGUGCACAAGGUAAAAGAAUGAUUGUCAAUGGAGUGUUUACUUUUGGAAUAUCUACGGCUAAACAGAGGACGAAUAUAAGUGAAUGAAUCGAGUCUCAACACCCAAGGCCACUGUAUGUACCAUCUCAUGCAUGAUCAUGAGCACGUUUUUGAAAAAGUAAGUGAAGUAAUGAAAAUAUAUUCGUUGAAUGGCAGUUUAAACAGUUUUUGGAAUAUAAAACGAAAGACGGUGAUCUUUUAUAAUGAGUUUAACAGUUUAAGGCCGUCCCUAUGACAAUAGACCAAUCCACACUUUACAAAAGUUAUCUCCCUUGGCCGCCAUCUUUGGGGAAAAACCCAUAUAUUUCUCACAGUAGCCUUUGUAGUUUAGAGGAUUGUAACUUCGUCAUUUGACAUUAGAAAUCGGUUUCCUUUGUGAAUUUUGAUUGCCCCAAGUUGGGGCAAACCACACAUGAAAGGAAUAAAUUAAAUCCUAAGAGAUUUCUUCACAGGACGCCCAAAUAUUUGGUUGCAUAAAGAAGGGAAAAGUUGUUUUUUCCCUUUUGACCUUUGGGUUGACCCCGCAAAGGGGAACAACUUUUGCAAGGUGUGGAUUGGACUAUGCCGGGUGUAGAAUCAAGCAAAAAGCUCGUUAUUGACAUCGUUGUGAUGCAUGAAAAAAUAAUUUGAAUUCAAAAUUUAUUUAAACAACGCCAAAUUUAGAUAAUUAUCAUUACAUAGUGUAUAAGUACAUUUUAUAUGACUUACAUUUUUAUUACUUAAAUUAAAGAAUUCAUGUUCUACUCGCAUAGUCAGAGUUAGUAUUGCAAAUUUGUAACUAUAUACUGAUAUAGAAUAAUAGAUGGAGUAAGUAUGAUAAAUAAUAGGCUAACUUGUUUUUCUUAGAAACUGCUUUAAAUUUGAAAAAAAAAAUGUGCUUAUAUGAAAUCCAUUUAUCUUCCCAAUAGGUGUCUGCCCUGGUGACCGGGUUACACAGACCUAAAGAAAACCAUGCAUGAACAACUAACUCAUUGAUUUUAUGAUCAAAUUAUGCAAACAAAAAAGAGUGAAAACAGAAUUUGUGUAAGACUACGCAGAAAAGCAUAUAAAGAACAGUGCUGAAGUCUGACCAUUCCAUUGUGGACAUUAUUGUGAUAUUCGGCUAUUUGUGUGAUAUUGUUUAUGUGUAAAAUUAAAUCGGAGAGCACAUACAGGAGGCUGUCAUUAAAAAGACAUCAAGAAUGCCUUAAAGAUUGCCCAGUGACCUUGCAAGGCUUAAUUGAGAACUAUAUGGUUUGAACUUCGCUCAUUGUGAACUUUUGUCCAAGUCCAUCUGUGCAUGCAUGUUGUGAUCAAACUGCAUUCAAGUUUAUCAAUCUGCAGCAACAAAUCAUCACCGUUACUGUUUUCUCUCAAGUGCACAUUUGUUGUAACUCCAAGCUAGUCAAAUUAGCAACCUUGUACACAUAACAUUUUGUUAGCCAGUUUAUUUAUAUAUGUGUUAUGGUAUUACAGAUUUAUUGAUUUA